UCAUUCUUGACAGGUUUGAGCUGUCAUAAUACAUGAAUCGAAGAUUCUCAGAGGUUUUUGUGUCCCCUUGGAGCCAAUUAAUUCCAAUAAAUCCUGUGCUAAUGCCUUGAUUUCCCUUAAUUUUUGAGUGUUUUUCACUCACAUGUAAAUAAUGCAAGUGAACGACCUAACAACAUCAAUAGAUCCAAAUGUGGAUUACACACAGAUUUUACCCAUACAACAAAAGCGUACGAUUGCUUUUAUAAAUCACUUUGUAAUGAAUACUGUGUCAUUUUUAAACCAUUUUGCACAAUCAUGUGAAUCGCGUUUGAUGGAAUUUGAAUAUAAACUUCAAGAAGUUGAAGCUUCUUUACUUAUACUUGAAUCGCAAUUAGGUUCAAUAGCUCAUUUAGAAGAAAAUGCAACUCAGGAUUCAGUUAAAGAAAAUGAUUCAAAUGAAGAUCUGAAUCUUCCUCCUGUUAAAGAUGAGGAGGAACAAAGUGAGAAAAUUGUUGAGCCUGAUCUUACAUCAGACCCACGAUAUCAACGAUUUUUCAAAAUGUUGCAAUUUGGUGUUCCACCAGCUGCUGUUAAAUUAAAAAUGCAAUCCGAGGGAAUUGACCCUAGCAUAUUAGAUUCAAAACCAACUCAAACUCAAGAUAGUUCCUCUGUAAAUUAAAAGAUUGUUACGUUUUUCAAGGAUAAAUAAAGCACGUUAUGCAAUUUUUAAAAAA